AAGGAACUAAGUGGACCUGGGACAGGACGCAGUCACAGAGACAACUCAGAAGCCAAGCCAAGUACAUCAUCUGGGCUCACAGCUGCUGAAAGCAUCAAGGUGUCAGGUCUCUCAUCACACAGGUGUGCACAGGGCAGGUUAUAAAAACAGGUUUCAUAAAGACACGCUUACACAGUCUAACAAGGGCCCAGCUGGUUAUCCCAGACAGAGAGAGAGAGAAGACGGAGACAAAGACAACAUCGCAGUAAGAUCCGAGAGAGAGCGUCGUCAUCCCUCAGCAGCCAGCAGUCAUGAGCGUAUCCGUGGAGCAGAUGUCCAGCCUGUACGAGCAGCAGGGCUACCUGAGCGGCGUGGGCGUGCUGGACCCCACCGAGCUCCGGCAGGCCAGGGAGGCCUUCGCCCAGCUGGAGAGGAAGUUCGGAACAGACUAUACUGGGUACAGCCUCCACAACGUGCACAUGCAGUACGACUGGGUGAUGGGGCUAGUCAAGCACCCCCGCGUUCUGGAGGUGGUAGGUGCCGUCCUGGGGCAAGAUGUCAUCCUGCUGGACUCCAGAUUUAUCUGUAAAUACCCCGUAACCAGGGGCAACCGAGGGGCAGAAGUCAUCCCCUUUGAGAACGGACCAGGAGGGGAAGAAACGAACAGAGAGGAGCGGGGAGAGAAGGAGGCUGGCCUGCCCUACGUGGCCUGGCACCAGGAUAUGAGGUACUGGGGUCUUGAUGGAGGUCCAGUGCUGUCUGUGUGGCUGGCUCUGGAUGACUCACUGGAGGACAAUGGAGCUCUUCAGGUUAUUCCAGGAAGUCACUGCUCCGGGAUGCUCCCUCACCGCCAGUCUCAGCGCCCGGGUAACAUGCUGUCGGUCAACCAGGAGAUCCCAGAGGAGCUGGUGCAGACAGACAAGGCUGUACUCUGCCCCCUGUUGGCCGGGCAGAUGUCGCUGCAUGAUGGCCUGCUCGUCCACGCCAGUGACCCCAACAUGUCCGACCGCAGGCGCUGUGGUUUCGUUAUCCGCUACGUCCCCACAUGUGCUUAUCCAAUUCAGGACCCUGACAGACCCAGGCGUUUCCAUGCCACCGUUCUGGUCAGCGGAACCGACCAGUAUGGACACUUCUCAAACAGUGAGGAUCCACAGAUCUGAACGCUACAGCCAAUGAGCUGCAGGCAAUGAGAGGAGGAGGAGGAGAAUAUUUAUAAUACUUUGAAUUACUUCGUACUGUUGUACUCUCAACAGUAUUAUAUGAUUUACUGUAAUGUAUAAUAUUGUACACUUUACUGUAAUAUCUGCACAUUUUAACAUCUUUAAGUAAAUAACAUAUUGUGACUAAGAGGCAUGUGUAAUAUGGGGAACUGUUUAAUGAUAUGUUUUGGUUUUCAGGGAUAUGUGAAAGGGUCUUGAAUACUUUGUGUACCUUGGUUCUGAAUGUUAAGUCUGUUUAAUAAAAUAUUUAACUGUAUUG